AUGGAAAGCUUGGAAGGGAAAAAAUGCAUUGGAUGUCAGAAGCCGGCGAAGCUUCGGUGUCCGACAUGCAUUAAAAUGUCUCUUCCCGACGCGUAUUUUUGUGAUCAGACAUGCUUCAAAGCGUUCUGGCCGAUUCACAAAAUCUCGCACACCGAUGUUUCUGGAGCUUAUAAUCCGUGGCCUUGUUAUUCGUUCACCGGUGCACUCCGCCCAGCACGUGUCACUGAUCGUCGAACAGUUCCUGAUCAUAUUCCUCGUCCAGAUUAUGCUCUACAUCCACAAGGAGUAUCACUCGAAGAACGCCAAUCGAAGAGUGAAAGAAUUAUUAAAGUUCUAACUGAUGAGGAGAAAGAAGGCUUGAAAGUAGCUUGUAAACUCGGAAGAGAGUGCCUGAACGAGGCUGGACGAGCAUGUGAACCAGGUGUGACUACUGACGAAUUGGAUCGAGUUGUUCAUGAGGCUGCAAUCGAAAGAGACUGUUAUCCGAGUCCCCUGGGAUACUAUAAGUUCCCGAAGAGUUGUUGUACUUCUGUCAAUGAAGUCAUUUGUCACGGAAUUCCGGAUAUGAGAGUAUUGGAAAAUGGAGAUCUUUGUAAUGUGGAUGUGACUGUCUAUCACCGUGGAUUCCAUGGAGAUCUCAACGAAACAUUCCUCGUUGGAGACAAAGUUGAUGAAGAAUCCCGGAAGCUUGUUCAAACGACAUGGGAAUGUCUUCAACAGGCAAUCGCUAUCGUGAAACCUGGCGUGAAAUUCCGAGAAAUCGGCAACGUCAUCCAGAAACACGCGAAUGCCAACGGAUUCUCGGUAGUCAAAGGAUACUGUGGACACGGAAUUCAUCGACUUUUCCACACGGCUCCGAAUGUUCCACAUUAUGCAAAGAAUAACGCGACUGGCGUCAUGAAGGCCGGCAACUCGUUCACCAUCGAACCGAUGAUCAAUGCUGGCACAUUCCACGACGACAAAUGGCCAGAUGAUUGGACUGCCGUUACGAGAGACGGACGACGCUCUGCCCAAUUCGAACAAACCCUUUUGGUUACUGACACUGGGUGCGAGAUUCUGACGAAGAGAGAUCAAAACCGCCCGUGGUUUAUGGACCAAAUUGCACAAAAGUACUGA